CCCGGAGCCGGGCGGCAGCAGCGGCCGCCGGGGCGGGCCGGGCCGGGCCUGCGCCCGCCGCUCACCUGCUUCAGCCGGGCGAUGAGCACCGUCUUCACGCCGGUGAUGUCCAGGUUGCGCCGCUUCAGCUCCGACUUGAGAAAAGGUGAUUGGACCCUGGAACGGGCUGCCCGGGGAGGUGGUGGAGCCGCUGUCCUUGAAGGUGUUUGAGGAGAGACUGGACGAGGCGCUGGUGCCAUGGUCCUGCUGACUUUGAUUUCAGCCACAGUCUACAGAAGCACAUCUGGUGUAAAUGUCAAGGAUGGCCUGAUGAAUACCCUGGCUGUGACAGCUCCCCCAGCAGUGACAGACCCACGCUCCUGGCUUUGGUGAGCAGAGAGUGACUACAUUUUCUCUACCAAGAAGUACCUUUCUGUCCCCUUUGACACAAGAGUUCAAACCAAUUAUUACGUAAAUAGGCCUUUCUUAAAUCUUUCCAUGUCUAAAUGGACUCCUGAAUGUAAUAUAGUCUAUACUCUAAAAGCGGAUAUGAAGAGUGAAGUUCCUUCUGAUGCACCAAAGAGACAGGAGAGUCUGAAGGGGAUCCUCUUGAACCCUGAGCCUAUUGGGGCAGCCAAAAGCUUCACUGCAGAAGUUGAGAUGAUUGCCAGUAAAGUAGGGAAUGAGUUCUCUCACUUGUGUGGUGAUUCUCAAAAGCAAAAGGACAUGAAUGGCAACCAUACAGACCAAGAAAAAGGUAUUGUGGUGCGAAAAAAACGCAAGAGCCAGCAGGCUGGUCCUUCAUACACUCAAAACUGUCCUGAUAAAGAAAAUAAAGGAAUCUUAGGAUUGCGACAGCAUCUAGAAACACAGAGUGAAGACAAUGAUUCUUCUUUUAGUGACUGUAUCUCAUCACCUUCAUCUAGCUUGCAUUUUGGAGACUCUGACACGGUAACAUCUGAUGAAGAAAAAGAUGCUCCUGUGAGACACCCUCAGGCAGUGUUGAAUGCUCCAAGUAGAACUCACAGUGCAAGGUCACAAAAGUGGCCUCGGACUGAGGCAGACUCUGUACCUGGGUUACUGAUGAAAAGGCCCUGUUUUCACAACAGUUCUUUAAGAAGACUUCCAUAUAGGAAGAGAGCUGUGAAAACAAGUUCUUCACAGCGGACACAGAACCAAAAAGAACGAAUUUUAAUGCAGAGGAAAAAGCGGGAAGUGUUAGCUCGAAGAAAGUACGCUUUACUCCCCAGUUCCAGCAGCUCCAGUGAGAAUGAUCUCAGUACUGAAUCUUCUUCCAGUUCAUCUACUGAAGGGGAGGAGGACUUGUUUGUGUCACCUGGUGAAAACCACCAGAAUAGCACAGCUGUUCCUUCAGGAAGUAUUGAUGAAGAUGUUGUGGUGAUUGAAGCAUCCUCCACUCCCCAAGUCACUGCUAACGAAGAAAUAAAUGUUACCUCAACAGACAGUGAAGUGGAGAUUGUCACAGUUGGUGAAAACUACAGGUCCCGCUCCGCGCUCGGGCACGCGCGCUCGCACUGGGGGCCCGGCUCCAGCUCGCACGGCGCGCGGCCGCCGGAGCAGCGCUCCCGCAGCCGGGUCUCCACCGUCAUCCAGCCCCUGAGGACGCAGAGCGCCGCCGAAGUCGUGGACCUCACCGUGGAUGAGGAUGAGCCGACAGUUGUGCCAACCACAUCAGCUCGCGUGGAGCCGCAGGCCGUGAGUUCUGCUCCCACUACCAGCUCCAGUACGUCUACCUCAGAGCAGGCCUCUGAUGCAGCUGCCAGUGUCUCCACCAGCCAGCCCUCUGCAGCACCAGAGACCACUCCCAGUCUCCCCAGUGGCAGCACUGCUGGCACUUCAGCUGGAGAUGAAAUAAGAAGAGCUGCAUCUAAUUCAACACUGGAAACUGGCCCUCCAGCCAUGCCAAGGCUACCAUCGUGCUGCCCCCAGCAUUCUCCUUGUGGAGGACCUUCACAGACUCAUCAUGCUUUGGGACACCCACAUACAAGCUGCUUCCAGCAGCAUGGCCACCACUUCCAGCAUCACCACCAUCACCACCACAACCCUCACCCAGCUGUCCCGCUGUCUCCUUCGUUCAGUGACUCCAGCUGCCCUGUGGAAAGGCCUCCUCCUGUGCCUGCCCCGUGUGGAGCAAGCAGCAGUUCUGGCACCACUUACCACGAGCAGCAGGCAUUGCCAGUAGACUUGAGCAGCAGUGGCAUCAGAAGCCACGGCAGCGGCGCUUUCCACGGAACGUCGGCGUUUGACCCGUGCUGUCCCGGCUCCUCGUCGCGCACGGCGCUCUACGGGCACCAGGCGGGCGCGGGGCCCAGCCAGGCGCUGGCCAUCGACGGCUACGGCUCGGGCAUCGUGGCACAGCCGCAGCCACAGCCGCCGCCCCCGGCCUCGCUCUCGUCCUGCCGCCACUACAUGCACUCUCCCUAUGCUUCCUUGACCAGACCUCUUCACCAUCAAGCUUCUGCAUGUCCUCACUCUCAUGGAAAUCCUCCUCCACAGCCGCAACCUCCACCUCAAGUGGAUUAUGUUAUCCCUCAUCCAGUGCAUCCCUUCCAUCCUUCAAUCUCCUCUCAUGCAUCUUCUCAUCCUGUUCCACCUCCACCCCCAACUCAUCCCCUAGCCAAUGCAGCUGCUCCGAUACCACAGCAUCUCCCUGCAGCACACCAGCCAAUAUCCCAUCACAUCCCUGCAGCAGCACCUCCAGCACAGAGGCUACACCCUCAUGAAGUGAUACAGAGGAUGGAGGUCCAGAGAAGAAGGAUGAUGCAACACCCAACACGUGCUCAUGAGCGGCCUCCUCCACAUCCUCACAGGAUGCAUCCUAAUUAUGGUCAUGGGCAUCACAUCCAUGUGCCUCAGACUAUGUCUUCCCAUCCUCGACAAGCUCCGGAGAGAUCUGCCUGGGAACUAGGAAUUGAAGCUGGUGUGACUGCAGCUACUUACCCUCCAGGGCCCUUGCAUCCUCACUUGGCCCACUACCAUGCACCUCCUCGACUGCAUCACUUGCAAAUAGGGGCUCUUCCUCUAAUGGUACCAGACAUGGCGGGCUACCCUCACAUCCGUUACAUUUCAUCGGGAUUGGAUGGAACAUCAUUCAGAGGCCCUUUCAGGGGCAAUUUUGAGGAGCUGAUUCACUUGGAGGAACGACUAGGCAAUGUUAAUCGUGGAGCAACACAGGGAACUAUAGAAAGAUGCACAUAUCCACAUAAAUACAAAAAGGUAACAACUGAUUGGUUCUCACAGAGGAAACUGCACUGCAAACAAGAUGGGGAGGAAGGAACAGAAGAAGACACAGAGGAAAAGUGCACCAUCUGUUUGUCUAUAUUGGAGGAAGGUGAAGAUGUCAGGCGCCUUCCAUGUAUGCACCUUUUCCACCAAGUGUGUGUAGAUCAGUGGUUGAUUACUAACAAGAAGUGCCCCAUUUGCAGAGUGGACAUUGAGGCUCAGCUGCCUAGUGAAAGUUGACACUGCUUUCCAGAACUCUUGUCCUCCCUCUCACUCCCUCUCAUCCUUCCUGGUACUGCAGUCAACCAAAGAUGGCAUGACUUACCUGCGCAGAUUUGGAAGCAUUGAACCCAGAGUGCUGGCUCUGCUAUAUGGUACAACUAAUGCUAGACCUACAGUUUAUGUAGAAGACAGUUGAGUUUCAGUGUAUUUAUAAAUUUGUUUUGUUUUACAUUUUUUUCUUUAAAUUCAUUACUGUAUUUUUGCAUGGUUCCUUGUAUUGCAUUUGUUUGCACAUAUUAUGGGCUUUGUGACCCCAAACUUGCAGGCGAGAUUAGCUGCUUUAGUAAGUAGAAUUGUGUGGUCUCUUUUUUUGGUUUGUUUUAUGUAGUAUCAAGCUUGGAAAGUAUGAUUUCACUCAUUACUAACCUUGAAUUCCUUAAUUUAAUCGAUCAUAUAUAUUUUAGUUUAAAUGUAUAAAGAUCAUCUAGAAAAGGAUAAUAUUAUGUAUUGAGACAUUCCUUAAUUAGGAAAAAAUGGCUGCUGUAUAUUUACAAGAUCAGUUAUGAGUCAAAUAACAUCCUUAAUACUGGGAACAGAAUAUUAUAUUCAGUUUGACUGAUACAUAUAGCAUACUCAUCACCAGAGUUUUUGUCUGAUCAGAUUUUUGUGUUUGUUUUAAAAAUUUCAGCACAAUGCAGAUAUAUUUGAAUGUCAAUAUUAAACAUUUAGACUGCUGUUCAGAUUGUAUUUAUCAUUUUCUUCUAUGUCUAGAAAUUUGAAUCCCUAACUUAAAUAUAUGCUGCUGUGAAACAGCUCUUAGUGAACACUAAAUGUUGAUUUCAGUUAGCUGGAUUGUAGAUACUUGCAGACUGAAAGAAUUAUUAGGGACAUGGAAAAAGAGCUUAGAAUCUGUUUGGUCUUCUGCUAACUUAAGUUGAAGUAUCUGCGCACAUUGAGGGUUGGUUUUAUUUGGGAUUUUUUUUUUUGCUAUGUUUUUUUGUUUAUUUGUUUGGGUUUUGUUGGUUUGUGUUUUUUUAAAAUAUAAAACCAUUCAAUAAGGACUUAAAGCUGCAGGGUUUUUGUUUGGGUUUAUAUACGUGAAUUCAUAGAAUUUCUAAGGAUUCCAGGCUUGUCUUGGGAUUUUUAUUAGAUUUAAAGUUAAUAAAGUUAGCUAAAUCCA